AUGGACGCAUUUCUCUCUCAACCAACAUCACAUGGUUAUGCACCACAAGCUGAUCGUGUUCCAGCUAUCCAAUUAAAGAACGAAAUUAAAGCUCGUGCUGCAACAACGGAUGAAUCAUCGAGCUCAAUUCUUCAUUCGGCCUUACGAACAUAUCCUCUAAGUGUCGCUGGUCAACUUCCAAGAAGUGACGCACUUACGCUCACAGUUCGACGACAAUGUACUGCUGAAACAGUCGAUGCCAAUGGUCAUUUACCAGAAAAAUUAAGAAAGACAUAUCGUGAUAAAGAUUUCAUCUUGCACGAAGACGAGCGUUGA